UAUUCUUAGCAGCAAAUAGUGAAAAAUGAAGCUUUCAUUGCUUUCAUGUUUGUUGCUUCUCUCUUGCUACCAGUUGGCCUUUCUCAUAUUAUCAUGCAAUGCGACCAUUUACCAAAUGAAGAACCUCAACAAAUUGAUCAAGUCUCGCAAAUCUGGAAAUCCUCUUCAUUCUAAAUCAUGGGAUCGCUUAGAUGUCGCACCAGACCACUAUUCUCCGGUGUAUGUCGGAUCACAAGAAGGGUUGAUGGAAGCUGAUAAGAUUGAUGCCUUGCCAGGACAGCCUGAAGGAGUAAAUUUUAAUCACUAUGCAGGCUAUGUUACUGUGGACCCUAAAGCUGGGAGGGAAUCGUUCUACUAUUUUGUAGAGUCACCCCAAAAUUCUUCAACCAAUCCUCUGGUGGUGUCAUUACACGGAGGACCUGGAGGAUGCUCACCUUUUGGAUAUGGAGCCUUGGAAGAACUAGGACCAUUCAGAGUUAGCAGUGACAACAAGACACUAAUCUCUAAUGACUAUGCUUGGAACAACGUGGCAAACGUGCUCUUCUUGGAGACUCCAUUAGGGACUGGGUUCUCAUAUUCAAACACAUCGUCUGACUAUGAAACUGUGGGUGAUCAGAGCACAGCUGAGGACAACUACGUUUUUCUUGUAAACUGGCUGGAGAGAUUUCCCCAAUAUAAAACCAGGGAUUUGUUCAUCACUGGAGAGAGUUCUGCAGGCCAUUACGCACCUCAACUUGCUUACACCAUUCUCUCUAACAACAAUGUCACCAAUCAAACAAAAAUCAAUCUCAAAGGAAUUGCAAUUGGGAAUCCUUAUAUCGAUGAUAAUACCGCUCUACUAGCCAUUUUCGAUAAUUUGUGGACACAUGCUUUCAACUCUGACGAAACCAAUGCAGGAAUACACAAAUAUUGUAACCUUACUAAUUUAGGUGAUAAUCCCUCCGAAGAGUGUCGUAGAUAUGUGUCUCAAGCAGUCAUGGAGCUAGGAGAAGAUAUUGAUAUUGCCAACAUCUAUGCUCCAGUUUGCACAACAUCAGAGGACGAUUCAGAACCCAAAUCUGCCUCAACUGGUUCUGUUGCUGCUGAUUUUGAUCCAUGUUCUGACAACUAUGUGGAGGCCUAUCUAAACCUUGCCGAGGUGCAGUCAGCUCUUCAUGCAAGACCGACAAAGUGGACUGCUUGCAGUGAUACUGAUUGGACGGACAGCCCAACAACCAUGCUACCCACAAUACAACAGCUCAUUGAAAGUGGGAUAAGCUUGUGGAUAUAUAGUGGAGACACCGAUGGGUACUUUUCAGUCACAUCUUCUAGAUACGCCCUACACAUCCUCAACUUACCAAUCCAGACACCCUGGAGGCCAUGGCACUCUAGUACUGAAGAGGUCGGAGGAUAUGUGGUUGGGUACGAAGGGCUGACAUUUGCUACGGUGAGGGGAGCUGGGCUCAUGGUUCCCACCUACCAACCAGAGCGAGCACUCACCUUGAUCUCAUCUUUCCUUCAAGGACAGCUUCCUCCUCUCCCUCCCCCUCCCUCUCCCUAAUUCCAAGAACAUCAUUUUCCGCCGGCACCGCUGCCGUCGUAUGGAGCUAUUCACUCGGCCAGAUAGUCAUUUGGUUUAGGAGGUGUUUUCAAUAAUAUAAGCCCAAUAUAAUAGGCUUUAGGCUUCAGUUUCAUUAAUAUUUGCUUUUCCGGAGCUGUAGGGUUUUCAUAUCCUACAUCGAUGUUUAUUGUCUCUUUUAUUUAGAAAAUAAUACAAGCUUCACAUUCCUACUUAAUAAUAUGAAU